GAGCGUUAGGGAGGGAGAGGGCGAGACUUGUUUAGUGAUGAAAGCCAAUAGAAAGUCUGCUGGGUGAUAAUAUCCACAUGCGGGAGAUGGAGAGGAGCCAGAACACAGAGACACAGAGUGAGAGAGACCCUAACCACAGGAACUCAGGCUGUCUAUGGGCAUCCGUACAGCUACCUCACCAGGACCCCGAAGAGAGUCGCGGACUGGCCAGGGUAGAGACCAGCGAACAAACCACCAAAACAAAGCUCAGCAUAGAAACCCUGAUCUGACAGAAGAGCUGAACAACCUUCAAACUGACCACCAAAACAAAGCUCAGCAUAGAAACCCUGAUCUGACAGAAGAGCUGAACAACCUUCAAACUGACCACCAAAACAGAGGAGCCAACCAAUGAGUGACCAACGAAUAGACCACCUCAACCCCUGACCUCUGUCUCUACUGGAAUACUUACCUAACCCUAACGCAGAGACAGACCGGGACACAGAGAGAGAGAGAGAGAGUGGACGCUUUGGACACCUGAAACAAGAGGAUGUACAGACAGUUUGUUCUGUCAAUCCUACUUGCAGGCGUCCUGUGCCUGGUGGGCGGCAACACCCGCAAGACCCGCCUCCAAGGCUCCAUCCCCAACCCUUUCAAAGGGAACGGCAACACCUCUGACAAACGCACCCGUAAACAGGAAAUACUUGCCUCCAGCCAGGAAGCGCUGGUCGUCACAGAGAGGAAGUACCUGAAGAGUGACUGGUGCAAGACCCAGCCGCUGCGUCAGACGGUGAGCGAGGAGGGCUGUCUGAGUCGUACCGUCAUCAACAGGUUCUGCUACGGACAGUGUAACUCCUUCUAUAUCCCACGACACGUUAAGACGGAGCAGGAGUCUUUCCGGUCCUGUGCUUUCUGCCGGCCGCAGCGUUUCACCACGCUGACCGUAGAGCUGGACUGUCCCGACCUCCAGCCGCCCUUCCGGCACCGCAAGAUCCAGAGAGUCAAACGGUGUCGCUGUAUAUCGGUCUCCGUCGGUGACCCUGGGAAGCGGUGAUACUCGUGUCGCUCUCUCUUCUAUCAUCUUGGACAAUCCCUAGAUACUGUCCAGAUUGUCCGCUCACCUCACAGGAGACAGUUUGUACAAGACUCGAGUACAUGGAGGGUCAGGACAUGCAUUUUUACUGACGGCACAUAGAAUGAAUACAUAAAAGCUGAAGGGGCCCACUCUCUUUAGAAGUACUGAGCAUGACGGAUGUUUCUAUGGAGCAGCUCUGUGUUGAUCAUACCAAGCACUCUAUAUGAGACAAACGGACAUUUCUACAACCCAGACCAAUUAAACCCAUACACUCUGUAGUUCAAAGAUGGUGGAUAAAUGAAGAUGUCUUACUCAGGUGGGUUUACCGUUUAAAACAGAAAAUGGUCACAAUUCCAGACUGCUUAAGGAAGUGCCUUUCCAAUAGACAACAAUGUGAUAGCAGCUGGGUCUGGUCUACUUAGUUCAUUGACUGUAUAUGAACCCGGGGGGGGAAAAAAAGCAGAGUGAGACACCUCACUUCCUCUACCGUCUCUGCAGAAACAGACGUACCUGGACCACAGGUCUCCUCAGCCUGUCGGAGAGGGGGGGUCAUAUUCAAAUGGGAGAAAACUGACUGAAACAAAA